AGGGUGGGCACAGACACUGGGUCGGAGGAGGGCGGCGGCUGCGGAGCGGCGCCAGAGUGGACUGCACGGGCCUGGCACACCCAGCUCGCUAGUGCUGAGGUCGCCCUCGCUCUCGGUCGGGCUUGAAGCUGCCUGGUGACCGAACUGCCUGCGGGGCCAGUUGGCCUCUCGCUUCGGCUCGCCACGCAAAUGGCUGUGCGCGGCGCCGGCACUUUGACACCCUUCUCCAUCCAGGCGAUCCUCAACAAGAAAGAGGAGCGCAGCGGGCUGACUGCGCCCGAGGGGCGCGCGGCACCUGGAGGUACCAAGGUGGCGGUGGCCGCGGCGCCCGCGGUCUGCUGCUGGCGGCUCUUUGGGGAGACGGACUCCAGUGCGCUGGGGGGCGCCGAGGACUCUCUGCUGGCGUCUCCCGCCAAAGCCAGAACAGCUGUGGGGCAAACAGCGGAGAGCACUGGAGGCUGGGACUCCGACUCGGCCCAGAGCGAGGAGAACGAGGGCCGGAGGCGCUGCCCGGACGCGACCAGAGCCAGUGGGGCCGACCGCGCGGGUGUGAUCCUGGGCCUGGACCGGCGGGUCUGCGAGCUGCACACGGAUAAGGACCUGGAGGAGGAAGCCGCGGUCCGGAGCGACAGCGAGAUGUCAGCCAGUGUUUCAGGCGACCGCAGCCCAAGAGUCGAGGACGACGGUGUUGGUUCAGAAGGUGCACGCGUGCCGGGGUUCUGCAGCGGAGACGGCUCGGGUAACAGCGGGAGAGCCGCCAGCGUGGAUGAGGAGGCAGAGCCCGUGGCUCCCAAGCCACGCAAGAAGCGCUCGCGGGCUGCCUUCUCUCAUGCGCAGGUCUUCGAGCUGGAGCGCCGUUUUAAUCAUCAGCGCUACCUAUCCGGGCCUGAGCGCGCGGAUCUGGCAGCCUCGCUGAAACUCACCGAGACGCAGGUGAAGAUAUGGUUUCAAAACCGUCGCUACAAGACCAAACGUCGACAGAUGGCCGCCGACCUUCUGGCAUCGGCGCCCGCCGCCAAGAAGGUGGCAGUAAAAGUGCUGGUGCGUGAUGACCAGAGACAAUAUCUGCCCGGCGAGGUGCUGAGGCCACCCUCGCUGCUGCCACUGCAGCCUUCCUAUUAUUACCCUUACUACUGCCUCCCGGGCUGGGCACUGUCCACGUGCGCGGCUGCUGCGGGCACUCAGUGAGCCUCCUGGGGUGGGGCAGUGAGUAAUUCCUGCGCCUUGGUUUCCACGAUUGCUGACCAGUGUAGAGGUUGUACUCUGUGCAGGGGAGCUGAACCGAGAGGGGAAGGAGAGGAUGAACCCCUGUCUAGGCUCUGCUAGCCUGGGCAGCCCCAAGGCUGAACCGAGUCUGCCCCGAGAGGACACCUUAUUCUGAACAGAUGCGCCCUAUGGCUUAGGGGCUCUGCAUACGCGUCACCUGUCUGAAAACCUCUGGACGCUAUUUAUUCCCAUAACUAUGUUGGAUUCCAAUUGUGUCUGCCUGGGAAUGGUGCUUGCCUAAAAUAGAGGGGACUCCUGGAGACCCCAGAAUGUCAGGCCUGCGGUAGCUGGCACGCAAGGCCACACUAGUUCAUGGUAUCCAUGAUGCCAAUCUAUGUGUAUCUACAUAUCUUUUAGUUUUUGAAAAUUACAUUUGUGACAAAGGCAUGCAGAACCCUGGCAGCUUCAGGCCAGGAGUUGAUUUGAAAUGCGAAGGGUUUGUUUCUGGGGGCUUCCACUCCAACCUGAGCAAGCCCUCCUAGGAGCUGAAUGUAAAACUAGGAGUCUUUCCACAUGAUGACCCCCCACUCACUCUUCCCCUUCAGACACAGCCCCACCUGGAGGGGAAGCGGUGGGAAGCUCCAAAUAAGGAGAGGGCCCAAGCAAAGGCCCUUUUGCAGAACUUUGCCUUUUUUCUUUUUGUUUUUUA